AUGUCGGCCGACUUUUGGGCCGGCUACAUCAGCGGCGCCGCCGGCAUCCUGAUCGGCAACCCGCUCGACGUCAUCAAGGUGCGCCUGCAGGCCACCACCACCAUCACCACCACCGCCACACCACCACUAGCACCGGCGUCACAAACCCCCGCUCGCCCGUGGGCCACCCUCCGCGCGCUGGCGGCCGGCACGGCGGCGCCGGUGCUGGGGUACGGGGCGCUCAACGCGCUGCUAUUUGUGUCGUACAACCGCGCCGAGGCGCUCCUCAACGGCGGCGGCGCCAGCAGCACGACCGGGUCGAACCUGUGGACGACGUGGGCGGCCGGCGCCGCGGGCGGGCUGGCCACGUGGGCCGUCAGCACGCCGACGGAGCUGGUCAAGUGCCGCGCGCAGCUGGCGCAGCCGUCGUCGUCGUCGUCGUCGAGCAGCAGCAGUUGGGCAGUCGCGAGGCACGUCUGGCGCCGCGAGGGCGGCGUGCGCGGCUUCUACCUCGGCGGGGCCGUGACGGCGCUGCGGGACGGCGUCGGGUACGGCUUCUACUUUUGGUCGUACGAGCUGUGCUCGCGCUGGAUGCGGCGCUGGGACGGGGACGGCGGGGGCGGUAGAGGUGGUGGUGGUGGUGGUGGGGAGGCGGCGCGCGUGCUGCUGUGCGGCAGCGUGGCGGGAGUCGUGACGUGGGCCAGCAUCUUCCCGCUCGACACCAUCAAGACGCGCGUGCAGGCGCAACAGGUCGGCGCGCUGGGGGCGGCGGUAGCAGCGGCGUCAGAGGGGAGCCCGCUCCUGCCGUCGGCUUCGGACGCGCCAGACCGCAGCCGCCGGCUGGGCGCCGUCGAGGUGGCGCGGGAGGCAUACCGCGAGGGAGGGGUUCGCGUCUUCUUCCGGGGCCUGACGGUGUGCAGCGUCCGCGCCUUCGUCGUCAACGCCGCCCAGUGGGCCGUCUAUGAGUGGAUCAUGCGCGAAAUGGGCCAGGGCCGGGAGUUGCGGGCUUCGGCGAGCGCCGAGGCCAUGGAGGCGGCGGCAUAG